AGACUCCCAAUCUUCACACCGCGAAAAUCAGAUACAGAGAACGAAAGAAAGAAAGAAAAGAUAUAUCGGUUUUAUGCCGGAAAUGAUGUCGAACUCGCCGGGUGUGUCAGAUUCCGGACGGAGCUCCGUCAGGAGAGCGCCGGAGAAGUCGAGUUUCUCCCACACGUGCAGCCUCUUGAGCCAGUAUCUGAAGGAGAAGGGCAGUUUUGGAGAUCUCAAUCUCGGCAUGACUUGCAAUCUCGAACCCAAAGGGCAGCCCGAAACGUUCCGUCCCACAACGACAAUGAACUUGCUGCCGCAGAUGGAAAUAUCGGGAGACGUUACGGAGAGAAAGGAGCUCGUAUCGGACCGAAACGUUACAUCCAAGGGCUUUUUUCCCCAACGUGCCAGUGUCGGACCCUCUGCUGAGUCGAGGCCUAAAGCAGAGACGGAAUCUGCCCAAAUGACGAUAUUCUACGCCGGGAGAGUCCUUGUCUUUGAUGAUUUUCCGGCCGAGAAGGCGAAGGAGUUGAUGCUGCUAGCUAGUAAGAUGAUCGUGUCGGGUUCGGGCACUGGAACCGCUACAGCUUCCGGCAACGAGCGUGGAAGUGGCCCGCAACGGAACUCUAAUGCUACUUCGACUUCCGGCAGCAACCCGCCGCCUCCUGAGUGUCUUCAACGGCCUCUGCAAGACGCGUCUGAUCUGCCCAUUGCUAGAAAGGUUUCACUCCACCGGUUCCUGGAGAAGAGAAAGGGCCGGAUUAAUGCCAAAGCUCCAUAUCAAGUAGACGCCGGGUCCACAGCUCCAGCCAAGCCGGAGGAAAGCAAGUCGUGGCUCGGCUUGGGUUCAAAAUCGGACUGAACUAGUAUAGCAUCUGAUUUCGCGGCUCCCUCACGACUCGGCUUCGGAACCCAAAGAAGUCGGUCGGAAGAACGGCGCGUGGCUCACUUUUGGUGCACGUCUGGAGCAUGAUAAUAUUCUAUUCUUUUCGACAAUCAAUAUAAAAUUAGUACUAAUAUUCCUCAUGUUUUUAAUAUGAAAUUGUUGACAGAAGGUGGUGGACCACACACCCAUCACUCAUUCAAGGUGGUGAGGCACACACCCAUCACUCCUUUAUAGAAAGCUAAAAUACCAUUCAAGUAUUUUAUCAUGAGAGUAGAUUUUUGA